AUGGCCGCCAGGAAUUUCUUAGUCCGAUCCCCCAAGGAGGAGGAAUCCAGCGCUGCCGUCCGAGAGGCUGUCUUGUUGGGAGGGAAGAACGCCGCCAUUGCUGGUACUGUGGUCGCGGUUCCCACGUUGGUUGCUUGCCGUGUCCUUCCUUGGGCUAAGCAUAAUCUGAACUACACCGCACAAGCACUCAUCAUAUCGGCAGAACGAUGCAGCUGCCCUGAUACGGGGCAAGCCGCUAGGGUGGCUCGAUCUUCACGAAUUGGAGGUCAAUUUGAGAAGCAACACAAGAAUCAAGGGCGAAAAAUGGGAAACCAAGAUGAAAAUCAUUCAAAGGACAAGAUCCACUCCAAUUACUCCUCAAAACGCAAGUCAAUCUAA